AUGGCUUUUGCGCCAUCGGCGGUGUCAAGCUCGCUGGCCAUCCCUGCUCUCAGGCCCACCGUAAAUCACCGCAGCCGCUUCGUUUCCUCCUCUUCCUUGGCUGCUGCUCGCCGCUCUCCUAUCUUGAUGAUGGCGACAGAAACUUCGACUGAGAGUGUUGCUGAGAGCACAGGGGUCUAUGCAUGCACUCAGUGCAGCUCUCCGAUCAGUCUGGAGGAGUCGGAAUGCAGGAACUGUGGAGCAGCGAUCAAGCGCGAGGAGGUGGGAUAUGUUGAUCUCACUCCUGAGUCCAUGAAGAAGCGCAAAGUUUCAACCUCCUCUUCGUCCAGCUCGGAUGAAUCUUCCCCGGUUCAAACUCUCAGGCAGCUCGCAAACAACCCCUUGGUGUCUGCCUUCCUUGCUGGAGCAGGAGCGCAGAUGGACGGUCAACCUUUGAGACAGGAGCUCUUCAGGACCCCUGUCGUCUCUUGGCUGUACGAAAGAGGCUGGAGGGCUGGGUUCGCGUCUGCCGGCUUUCCUGGUAUCGAGAAGGAGUACGAGCUGGUGAUGGAUUUCUUUCAGGAAGCACGAAACAAGACCGUCGUCGAUCUCUCCUGUGGAUCCGGUCUCAUGGUCCGAAGGCUGGCCAAGAGUCGCGCGUACUCCAAGGCGAUGGGUGAGAGGCUGCAGGUGAUCGCCGUGGACUACAGCGAGAACAUGCUGGGAGAAGUCAUCCAGAGGAAGAAGGAAGAGAACUGCCCGGACUUUGACAUCAUCCGUGCGGAUGUUGCGUCUCUCCCCUUCGUGGAUGGAUCGUUGGAUGCAAUUCACAGUGGAGCGGCGCUCCACUGCUGGCCAUACGUGCAGGACGGCCUCAAGGAAGUACACCGCGUUCUCAAGCCUGGCGGAAGAUUCUUCGCUUCCACCUUCCUUUGGGGAGUCCCCGACGAGGUGAUCAGCUUGCAAGCGAACUUGGGCCCACGUCAGCGACAGUACCGAUUCUUCAGUGUUGAGGAACUCGAAUGGCUCAUGCGAGGAGCAGGAUUCAAGGACGUUAACGUCGAGCGCCGUGACAGAUGCGCGCUGAUCCGAUGCAGGAAGGAAGAAGCGACUGUUUGA